CAACAAACAUCUGCUGCUUCACGCGUCUGAUCUGUGAAACCCGACAAUCAACUUAUCAGUUCAGUGACAUCAUCGGAUAUUGACGACAAGAUUUUGCCCCAGAUCGGGACUAGACGUCUUUCUCGACGGAUUUCGUCUUGACUCGCGUUCGACAUCAUCUGGUCAAGUCUAUCUGGAUCAGCUGAAGAGCUUGGAAGGGUUAGAGCAUGUGCAGGUCAUCUUCAUCCAAGCAAUCUGCACUGGGACUUCACAGUCAAUCCUUAGCAUGGACAACCUCACAGAACAUGCGUCGAUGUUGUUGCUCGGAGUGCAAGAAUGUCAGCUGGCCCAACGGGCUUCCCUGGACGGUGCAGGCGUACCCAAAACACCUCGCGCGGGUUCAAGAACGAGCCAGCUGAGCUGCUCUGCAUCAGAGCCAGGCGAUACCUGUGGUCAAUGAAGUUUGGGCAUGACAAGAACAAUGGCCGGGUGAGAGCCAGCAAGCAGCUCUAUAUAUGGACGAGCCUAUGGAUGUGCACCAUGAAGCACGCAAGGAAGAAGUGCACCUGUCUUCUGAUAUGACAAGUCCUCCUCAUUCGCCCUUCAGCUGGUCUCAUGACGAUGCCCCUUCCUCUCCCCCGUCAUCUCCGUCAGCUCCACCACCCCCACCACCUCCACCACCUCCACGGCCUCCACCAGCCCGUUCGAUUCCACUGCCCCCACAACCAGUCUCCCAUCCCGCUGCUGGAGAAGAUUCAGCUGCAGCUUCGGUCCGUACGGCUACUCAACAUGAGGUCACCGCUCAUGAAGUGACAGCUCCGAGGCAGAUUCCUGCCUCUCCGCCCCCGCCAUCUUCUGCAGUCCUGGCUGCAAGAUACUCUGCUCUUACGGCGAUCGAUUCUCAAGCAGACAAUCUUGGAAUCUCGAUAUCCAACUUGGACAUACCGCCCGCGGACUUGGCGUUCCAGCCCGAUGAACAGGAUCGUAUCACUCAAUCUCCCCUCCAAUGCUAUUUCGAUCUGCACCCGCAGGCAGGUGUUUGA